AUGGAGUCAAAGAGCUAUUUUCAUAGUGUCUCUACUGUUGUAAAGGCCAUAUCGACAGUUCUCGGGCUUGGAGUUGACGAGAUUGAUACUCUCGCAGGAGACAGCACUUUUGUCAAGCUCGGUGGUGACUCUGUGGCCGCGAUUCUUGUUGCUGCAGAGUGUCGGAAGGGUGGCAUCUCCAUACCAGCGAACGUUUUUCUGCGAGAGUCAACCCUGAAAGACGCCAUCGUCAAGGCUGAAAGUUCUGCCCAGUUUCUAUACAUGCACCCAACUGCACUAUCUAUACCAACGCCGGCCCCUCUACUACCUUCUCGAGACCUCUUGGGUCGCAUCAAUGCAACCGAAUGGACCGAGCCGCAGCUUCUUUUACUUCGGGAAACAGCUAAUGAUCAGAAGCGGAACAUUCUGACCAUACAUAAGGCAUACACCGGUGAAUGGGAUGCUCACCUCGUCUGCAACGUCUGGACAAGCACUAUUCUCGCCGAGCCGAUAUUCCGGGACGUUAUUAUCGACCUAGACAUUCCCCCACACCACCUCCUGCCUCGGAAAAUAAUCCAGGUCGAGACCGAGGAAGAUUUCAAGAGAGAGCUCCAAAAUGCAGUCCUCGUCAACGGUUCACUGUGUCAUCUGACCGUUGUACAAUUAGCGUCGUCUUCCGUCGCGGUUGUCUGGCGCGUCCACCACUCUUUCAUGGAUGGGUUCUCCGCCCGCAUUCUUCACGAUAAAAUCAGUCGCAAUCUGCUAGGAGGAGAACUUACAGCCAGUCCCGGUCCGUCCUUCAAGGAUACGGUGCGUGCGCUGGGUAGAUUACGAGACGAGAGGGGACAAGCCACGAGACGGUUCUGGGACAACAAGCGAGAGCAGUUUUCAUCUGCGGUUGGCAAGCUGUGCCUGAAUCCGCAGCGGGUUCAUGGCGGAUUGGCAUCACAGCGAUGCAUCACGAUUCAAUUUCCUGAGGCGGACCUGGCAGCUGCUCGAGCACGAACAGGGUAUACAACUACGGUAUAUUUUGCGGCAGCAUGGGCCCUGACUCUCGGCAAAUUCAUGGAUACCGAUCAGGUCUACUUUGGAAUGGCCUUUUCGGGACGUGACCUACCCAUCUUGGGUGCGUUCGAUGUUGUCGGGCCACUCAUUAACAUCCUUCCACUGUUUGUACAGUUACCGUUGGUGGGCGACCGAGAAACGUCUGCCAGGGCAUUCCUUCGACGCAUACAAGAAGGCAUCCUUGGGUUGAGCGACGUUCAACACUCGGAUACGACAGAUGGAUUCGACAGGCAAUUCACUUCUAUCAUAGCCACGCAGUUUGAGGAAUGUGAAGGGGCAGAGAAGUCUCCGCCAGUAGACCCCAACCGCCCUGAUAUGCAGUCUGGGAUUCCCCUGAGCCUUGUUAUCCAAGGGCAGAGUCGGCUGCAAGUGUUCUACUCUACUGCUGACUAUUCCGAAGAGGAUAUGAACAACGUUUGGUCCGUCUUUCGGAAUGGUAUGAACUGUUUUCUCCAAGACGACGACGACAGGCCAUUGGUGCCCGCUAUCCAACAUGGGCUCAUGCCGCGGGAAAUGGAACAGACCAUCCGACAAUGGAGCAACUGCGAGUCUUUUGAGGCUUUGGAUGAUUCGAAAGGAGAUGACCUCGUAACGUUAUUCGAAAGUGUCGUGGCAAGACAGCCAACGGCAGUGGCCAUCACACGUGGCCAUGGGCAAGACGUCUCUUAUGACGACUUUGACAAAGCGGCAGCCGCCGUCGCGCGGGAACUCAGCUGGGUCGAGCCCAACGAACCUGUGUGCGUAUACGCCACUCGAUCGAUCUACUGGCUUGUUGCCAUCUUUGGUGUGCUCAAAGUAGGGGGCGUGUAUACACCACUAGAUCCGUCGGCACCAGUCUCCGUGCGGCAUGCAAACUUCGUACGAAGUGGUGCGCGCGCCAUCCUCUUUCCCUCGAGCGGAUCUAUCUCCGCAGACACGACACCUCUUAAUUGCCUGACAAUAGCCGUCGACAAUCUUGUAGACAAGAGCAAGACAGAGGCGCGUCAAGACCAUCUCGCAAUUUCUUAUCCAAGAAGACGUAUCGCUCGUCCAGAUGAUCUCGCGUACAUAUGUUUCACGUCCGGCUCCAGCGGUCAGCCCAAGGCGGUGCAGUGUACUCACAAAGGCUUGGUCGCCUUCCAGAAGGACUACUCUGUUCGUCUUGCUGCGAAGAAAGGGACAGUGGUGGCUCAAGUCAUGUCCCCCGUAUUCGAUGGCAGUAUUCAUGAGAUAUUCUCUGCCCUCACGCACGGCGCGACACUGCGAUUGGCGUCGGCUGAUACCCAAGAUCACCCGUUGGCGCAUCUCCAGGACUGUGACUCGGCCAUUCUCACCCCUUCCAUUGCGAAUGCACUGGAUGCUGACCAGUACCCUCGUCUGCGUAAUGUCUAUCUGGUCGGGGAAGCCGUUCCUCAGUCUGUCUCUGAUGCAUGGGCAAGGAACCGUUGCGUGUACAACAUGUAUGGACCAACCGAAGCGACUUGUGGCGCCACAAUCAAACAACUGGCACCAAGCAAGCCUGUCACACUUGGCCAGGCCAACCCAUCAAGCAGGGUGUAUGUACUGGAUCGGAAUCAUCAUCUGCUCCCCCCCGGCGCAGCGGGCGAGCUGUAUAUUGCAGGUAUCCAAGUAUCAAACGGAUAUAUCAACCUGCCUUCGGAGAACGCAAACCGCUUCCUUUCAGACUCCAUUCUGCCCAAGGCUGGUCAGAGAAUGUACAAAACGGGCGACUAUGGCUAUCGAGACAGCAUGACAGGAGAAAUCUACUUCAUUGGUCGCAAAGAUCGGCAAAUCAAGCUACGCGGGUUCCGACUCGACCUCGAUGACUUGGAACUACGCAUCACCAAGGCCAUCCCAAAUUGCAGAGGCGCCGCUAUAUUCCGGCGCGAAGACUAUCUAGUGGCAGCAUACCAGAUCCCUUCUAACUCGACAAAUGCGGUUGGCGAAUUGGAGGCCAAGAUCCUCAUUAGCCAUGCUCUGCCCCCAUAUGCAAUGCCCCGAAGAAUCCUGGCGUUGUUCGACCUACCUCUUACGGCAGCAGGCAAGCUAGAUUAUAAGAAGCUCGAGCAGAUCGACAGCACCAGUGUUGUGAGAUUGCAAUCUCAGCAGAAGAGCAUGACCGAGACCGAGAUGAUGAUUGUGCGGGCUGUGCGCGAUUUGAUGAGGCUCGACUCGAGUAUAACCAUUGACCGAGACUCAGACCUCACGGCGCUGGGCGGGCACUCAAUCGUGCAGUUGCGGCUUGCAAGUCGCAUUUCGUCCUUCAUCCAACGGAAAUUCACCGUCAGAAAUGUUAUCGACAAUCCCGUCAUCUCGCACCUGGCGUCCUCAGUGGACGAGGUAAUGAAUGGAGAGGUGGCUGUGGACCAAGAUGGUUGGGCGCAGCCCUCUUGCCUUGGUAGCAGCAGAGCAGGAGCUGCCUUUGAAGACACAAUUGUAUCGCCCAUCGAGGCUGUCUGGUUCUCGAGAUAUCAGCAAAACCUUGGAACUUCAUCAUUCAAUGUGGCACACGUCUCAGAACUGGACGACUGUUUCGAUCAGCAUUCCGCACUUGUGUCCUCAUGGACAAAGGUCCUGGCAAGACACUCAAUUCUGCGCUGCAGGUUUCGUCCUUCGAUUACGGCGCACGAGGGCGUGGAGAGGUUCUACGCUGCUGAACCACCCGAGGCCUUUUACGUGGAGUCGUUUGACCUUCGGGCUGCGAUCAAUACCGAGUUCUCACUCGAGACUGAACAUCCCAUACGGGUGUUAGUUUCCAAAAGACACAUGCUGGUCUGCGUGAGCCACAUCAUUUGCGAUUAUUCUACCCUUGAGCGGCUUUUUGAAGAGUUUGCCGCUGCAUAUUACCACGACGAUAGAGUCGAGGCGUCACUGUUGGCUUCUCAAAGAUGUUAUCAAGACAGCUCUUGGUGUAAUGUCGACGUCGACCAAAUCACAGCCAAGUUCUGGCGGUCUUACCUCUCUGGUAUCGAUGUCAAGAGACUGCCUCCUUACAUGAAGAGAGCUCGAACAUCGCACCAUGGUGAGUCGCGCAUGUUCCAGCUCUCGAAAGAUGCGGUGCAUAGCCUCGAGACGAUUUCGACAUCACUACACCUCACCAUGCAUCAAGUCGCACUGGGUACCGUAUCCCUGGUUCUACAGGCAGAUAGCUUGGACAAGCAAGACUUGAUAUUGGGCAGUCCGUACCUAGGAAGACAGGAGGAGGAUAUGCACACCAUCGGACUUUUUUUGCAACCACUACCAAUACGCGUCCCGAGGCGGUCGAAGAUGGGUGAGAGCCUUGGGGACGCCCACGUGGAGGAUUUCCUUCAUGCAGUACAAGACUCUGCGAGAUCUGCUCUCGGUCACGGCAUCGGUUGGACCUCGUUGAUGGACGUUCUCUCCUUGUCGGAUGAUGAGAAUUUGCGCUCGGCUGUACCUGUGCCGAACCCGAACCACCCACUCUUCGAUGCCAUGGUAACCUUUCACGAGCGUAGUGCAACUGGCAAGGCGUCAUCGUUUGCAAAUGGGGCUAUAGCGGGGGUUGAACCUCUGAUUACCUGGGCCGAGGGCGCCAAGUUCGGCAUCAUGUUUGAGUUCUCAGCUGUGAGCUCGUCAGUGGUUACACUUCGGAUAGAAUAUGACACCUCGGUGUUCUCGGCUGAUGAGGUGCUGGUCAUGGCUGGACGGAUCGACGCUGGGUUGGAAUAUCUAUGCCAGUAUAUGGCAUCAUCGAUGACGGUCAGAGACGUGGAGGAUAGACUUCUGCAUGCUGAUGGCACUGUACCUGGGAGAAACAGGGUUAAGGGCGUAGAGUUCGGGACUCGUUUAGCCACCCUAGUGUAA